GGGGGCUUCCUCUAUAAAUGGAGCGGCAGCGCGUCCGGACCCAGGACUGCGUCACUCGUGCCAGGGAAGCGCAUCGUGUCCCCCAUCAUCAGUGUUUCACCAUGAGUGAGAGACCAGGAUCAGGAGCCCCAACUGGAAACAGCAAACCCUCAGGAGUUGAAGAUGCCUCCAAGAAGGACGCCCCUCCUGAGGACUUCGACAUCGACAUGGACGCCCCUGAGACGGAGAAGGCUGCUGUCGCCAUCCAGUCACACUUCAGAAAGUACCAGAAGAAAAAGCCAAAAGACCCAAAAGAAUAGGCUGAGCAGUGGAUGAAGUGCCCGGAGCUGUUUGCAUGUUUAAUAAAGCGCACCAUUAUGGACUCGAGGGUGGGAAUUGGGGAGGGAAGGAGGGAAACAGGGACAUGAAGUAAAUCAUAAUCCUGUCUGUCACCGGCAUCCAUCUGGAAUUACCAGCCUGAUCCCCCUUCAGUCUGUCCUUCAGUUUCCUUUUUUUUUUGUUUAAUAAUAAGCAUUUCUUUUUUUAUUGUUUUGAAAACUCAUUUUCAAACUCAUUUCAGUCAAUUUUAGAUUUUUAGAACUUGAGAUUGGAACAUUUUUGGUCUUACUGUUAAUAGCUUAAAAUUCUUAGGAAAGGUUUAAUAUUUUCUGUAUAAUGUGUGGCAAAAAUCCUGUAUAAGUUUAUAGUGUAUUUAUUGAUUUAGGAUAAAUAUAUACCGUGGAUGUUUACCAUUAUUUCGAUUUAGAAAAUGACCUCACUGAAAUAAUUUCUAACAUUGCGGCUAAAGUGUUAUUUGGGGGCGAGAAAGCAAUUUCAGUAAUUGUAAUCCUUUGCUUUUGUGUGUGUGUUUUUAUUUUAUUAGACCUUAUAGGCUGAAGUGAUCCAUAAAUAUUGGACUUCAUUACAUGGUCCUGUCAUAAUCCUGAUUCCUGCCUGUAUGCAUACUUCAUAACUGUGUUUGUGCUUCCCCAAAACUGUGCUACACUAUACUGACUGUCACUUUGAAAUGAUAUAAAAAAAUAAUAUAAAUGAAUAAAUAUUGAUAAAUGAU